CUAUCUUUUUUGUUUGUUGAAAACCAAAUCUUUUGCUAUUUCAUCUAUAUACAAACAUCCUUUGAAGAUUCUACCAACGACCCAAAGACUAGGAUAAGGCUGAGAAUCUUGUGUGCUAUUUUUUGUUUUUCAUUUCAUUUGCUUGUUGAAGAUCCAAUGGCAUCGGCAGCUAUUUUCUCAUCUCUAAGGAGGAGAAGGUCGCCGUCCCUGGAGGCGUUUUUGGCCCCCGUUGACUUACCCGAAGUAGCCCUUAUUCAAACGCUGGCAACGCUGUUGUCCGACCUCGUUUCUUGCUAUUCCAACAAUGUUUUCUUCUUUCAGCGGAGAAAUUCUCGAUAUCUGAUUCGAAAGCUUGAAGUUUUCCUUCUUCUUUUGGAGUAUUUGAGGGGUUCGGGUUCGGGGUCCAUGUCGGAUCUGCCAUCAGCAGCCGUAUUGUGCUUCAAGGAGCUUUAUUUGUUGAUUUAUAGGUCCAAGAUACUGCUUGAUUAUUGCUCUCAAUCCAGUAAGUUAUGGCUAUUGCUUCAAAACCAUUCGAUUUCGGGCCAUUUCCAUGACUUGAACCAAGAGAUUUCUACCAUUUUGGAUGUUUUUCCAAUAAAAGAAAUCAAUUUGAGUGAUGAUGUUAGGGAACAAGUUGAGCUGUUGCAGAAACAGGCAAGGAAAGCAAAAUUGUAUGUCGAUGAAAGUGAUGAGAAUUUAAGGCUUAGGUUCUAUUCAUUUCUCAAUGAAUUUGAGCAUGGGAGGAUACCGAAUCAUGCCGAGUUGAGGUUGUUCUUUGUGGAGAGAUUAGGGAUUAAGGAUGCCAAGUGUUGCAGGUCCGAAAUCGAGUUUUUGGAGUUGCAGAUUGUUAAUCACGAAGGAGAUAUCGAACCUACGGCUUCUGUGCUUAAUGGAUUUGUUGCGAUUACCCGAUAUUGUAGGUUUUUGCUAUUCGGUUUCGAGGAAGAUGAGUUGCAGUUGCCAUUUGGGAAUAAGAAGAAACCGAGAAAAGGGUUGAUUGCUCGGGAGAUUGCCGAUACGUUUUUAACUAUUCCGAAAGACUUUUGUUGUCCUAUAUCGUUGGAAUUGAUGAGAGACCCUGUGAUAAUUUCGACAGGGCAGACUUAUGAUCGGAGUUCGAUUGCUCGGUGGAUGGAGGAAGGGCAUUGUACUUGUCCGAAGACAGGGCAAACGCUCAUCCAUAAUCGCCUUGUUCCUAAUCGGGCUUUGAGGAAUUUGAUCAUGCAGUGGUGUACUGCUCAUGGUGUUCCUUACAACCCCACGGAGAGCACAGAUGCAUCUGCUGAGACUUUUGCUGCGGCUUUGCCGAUCAAAGCAGCAACUGAAGCCAAUAGAGCUACAGCAACACUUUUUAUUCAACAACUAGCAAAUGGAUCUCAGGGAGCUCAGACUGUAGCUGCUCGUGAAGUUCGCUUGCUGGCUAAAACAGGAAAGGAAAACCGCGCUAUUAUUGCAGAGGCUGGUGCGAUACCGCACUUACAAAAGUUGCUGUCAUCCUCAAACCCCGUUGCUCAAGAGAAUUCUGUUACUGCAAUGCUGAACUUAUCCAUUUAUGAGAAGAACAAAAGUCGAAUUAUCGAUGAGGAUGGUUGUCUAGGAUCGAUCAUUGAAGUAUUGAGGCUCGGGCUCACAACGGAAGCCAGGCAAAAUGCUGCAGCAACAUUGUUCAGCCUCUCCGCUGUUCAUGAUUAUAAGAAGAGAAUAGCUGAUCAAGGAGGGGCAGUUGAGGCCUUAGCGGAGUUGUUGAGAGUGGGGGCACCAAGGGGAAAGAAGGAUGCCGUGACUGCUUUAUUUAAUCUGGCGACUCACUCUGAAAAUUGUGUGAGAAUGAUAGAAGCUGGAGCCGUUACAGCGCUGGUAAGAGCUUUGGAAGAUGAAGGGGUGGCAGAGGAAGCAGCAGGUGCAUUGGCCUUAAUCGUCAGGCAGCCAAUCGGGGCCGAAGUGGUGGGCAAGGAAGAAACUGCAGUAGCAGGGCUAAUAUCGAUGAUGAGAUGCGGAACACCAAGAGGAAAAGAGAAUGCCAUCGCGGCAUUGCUCGAGUUUUGCCGCACAGGUGGGGCUGCUGCAACUAAAAGAGUUCUUAAGGCCCCCGCUUUAGCCGGAUUGCUUCAGACAUUGUUGUUCACCGGUACAAAGCGAGCAAGAAGGAAGGCUGCAUCACUUGCCAGAGUGUUCCAGAGGUGCGAGUAUGCAUCUCUACAUUUUGGACGAUUGGGUGUCGGAUAUGCAUUUGCAGACAACUCAGCCAUGAAUAAUUCAAGUCUACCCGGCGAUGUAUCCGUCCCUCUGUCCAUUUCAGUACUGUAAUCACCUGUACUAGUUCCCAUUUUGUUGGCAAAUACAUUUUACAGAUUCUUUCAUUGAAAUUUCAGAUAUUGAAGAAGAAAAAGAGUUCAUAGAA